UCUGUUCUGUAUCUGUAGUUUUUACUUUUUUUUAUUAUAAUUGACUAUUUGAGUAUAGUUGAAGAAACUUUGAACCAUUCUUUUAUGUUUAUGUUAUAACAAGAAAAUUAAUAGUGUUAUACAUUAACUUUUUAAAAUGGAAAAACUUGUUAAAGUUAAAAAACCUACAGAAGAGGAAUUGAUUCAUAAUACUUUUAAUGCUUUACGAACGGAGCAAAGACAACUCGCUACAAAAUUAUCAGAAAUCGAGCUUGAUCUCAAUGAGCAUAGUAUUGUUAUCGACACGUUAAACAAGUUGGACGAUGAAAGAAAAUGUUUCAGAUUGAUAGGCGGAGUAUUAGUUGAAAGGAAGAUUUGUGAUGUUUUACCUACACUAAUUAAAAAUAGGGGAGAAAUGGGUAAAAUUGUGAAAACGUUGAAUGAACAAUUAACUAAAAAAGGAAUUGAAAUCAAUGAUUUCAAAAAUAAACAUAAUAUACAAGUUAGAGGUGGAGUUACCCCGAUGUCAGAAGAGGUUGAAAAUCAAAAUGUUGAUAAAAAAGCUGAUCAUGGUGGCUCAGUAAUUGUCAAUGAUGUUUAAUUUUACUAUAAUAUUUUAAUUUGCUUCUUAUUUUACAUAUCACUACUUUCGGGUGGGUGUAUUGUAAAUUAUAUUGCCUAAUGUAACACUCAAACUACUCAAAUUAAAUUUUAAGUGAAAAAAAUAAAAGAUUCGCCUAAUUUUAAUUUAUUAAUUU